GUCAAUUUCCACGGGCCGGAAGUUCAAAUUGUAGUUGUUCGCCUCACUGCCACUGGGUGACACAGGCACACAUCAAUAUUUCGUCUGAAAACCAAAGUAAACGAAUCCACACAUUGCUACAACAGCAGCAGACUUUUGGAAUUUGCACAGCCUAUUCCCUGAACUGACAGGAUGCAUGGACGGGUAAAGCUGAAGUCCACCGCCCAGCAGGAAGAAGAGAAGAGAAAAGAGAGAGAGAAGAAACUCAAGAUUUAUGUGGCUGCACGAGAUGCUAUCUUUACUAAGAGGAUGGAGGGUGUGUUGGAUGAUGAGGCCCUUCAGUUGACCCAGCAGCUGCUAUCCUCCAAUCCUGAUUUUGCCACUCUCUGGAACUACAGGAGAGAGAUCCUGUUGCACCUGGAGACUGUACGUGAGGAGGAUGACGUGCAGAAGAUGUAUGAGGCUGAGUUGUUGUUUCUGGAGUCGUGUUUGAAGGUGAAUCCCAAGUCGUACGGCAGCUGGCACCACCGAGGCUGGGUUUCAGCCCGCCUGCCCAGACCUGACUGGGCCAGAGAACUGGGUCUGUGUGACCGCUGCCUCAGUCUGGAUGACCGCAACUUUCACUGCUGGGACUAUCGCCGGAUGGUGGUGAAGAUGUCUGGUGUGCCUGUGGACCAGGAGCUGCAGUUCACUGACCGUCUCAUCGGCUCCAACUUCUCCAAUUACUCCAGCUGGCACUACCGGAGCACCCUCCUUCCCCUACUCCACCCUGAGUCCCCCGACCCCCCCUCGCCCUGCCACCAGCCCUCCCACUCCUCCCCUCCACCCUCCCCUCAGACACACUCUCAUCGCGUCUGUGAGGAACAGCUGCUCAAAGAGUAUGAGCUCGUACAGAAUGCCUUCUUCACUGACCCCAAUGACCAGAGUGCCUGGUUCUACUACAGGUGGUUGCUAGGCAGAGCGGAGCGAGAGGAGAUGAUAAGCUGUGUGUUUGUCAGCCGUGAGGAGGAGAGAGUGGCUGUGGCCUUCUCCAGACCUGUCAAUGCUUCAUCUAGUGGUCUGAUGCUGGUGUUGGAUGGUCAGCCCCAGCGUGUGGAAUGGAGGAGUGUCCAUCCUCACUUCAGACACAGCCCUGUCUGGAUCUGUGCGCUUCCUCCUGGCACUAUCAGUGACAUCAUUAAUGAACACAACCUGACCGUGCACUGGACUGAGAAACACACUCACAGAGACUGUGCUCUGUACACAGGUCGGUCUGAGAGUUGGUGCAGGGAUUCUGCCACUGACCAGGAGCUCUUCAGGAGUGAGCUGUCUGUGGAAAAGACCUCUGUGUUGCAGUCUGAACUACAGUCCUGCAACCAACUUCUGGAGCUGGAGCCCCAGAACAAGUGGUGCUUGCUGACCAUCGUUCUGCUUAUGAGGGCGCUAGAUCCCCUAGGUUACGAGCGAGAGACCCUUUCUCACUUCCAGACUCUUAAAGAGGUGGACUCCAUGCGCUCUGCUUAUUACGGUGACCUGUGCAGUAAGUUCAUGAUCGAGAACACUAUUCUCAAGAUGGAGUACGCUGAGGUCCGGGUCUUCAGUCUCUCUGACAAGAACCUGACCAUGUUAUGUCACCUGGACCAGCUGCUAUUGGUCACUCAUAUCAAUUUAUCAUGCAAUCAGCUGCUUAGGCUGCCUCCUCAGUUUGCCAUGCUGCAGUGCCUCGAGGUAUUGGAGGCUGAUGACAACGCUAUUGAGAAUUUGGAUGGACUGUACUAUCUCCCCAAGUUGCAAGAAGUGUCCUUGAAGAACAACCAAAUAUCCAAACUCUCUGACCUUCAACUCCUGACUUCCUGCCCAAAGCUGACCUGCCUUGAUCUCCGUGGCAACCCUGUCACCCAGAUUGCCAACAUUCAAUCUGAGUUGACUGAGCUACUGCCCUCAGUCACUGACCUCCUGAUCUGAUUGGACAAACAGCAGGGCUCAUUCUAAGUUUCCCUUAGUCACAUAUUUAGGAUCAGCUUAUCCCCCCCAAACCAUAACCAUUCUAGGGGGGAAAUGGAAAAACUGACAUUAGAUUAGUGUCUAGGGGCAACUUCCCCAUAUUCCCGGCGUACUACCAUCAGCGGUAUUUGUCUGUGUGUGUCCAUGUUUGUGGGCAUGCAUAUAUGUGAGAAGCAGAGGGGUGUUUAAGUGUUUUGUCUCCUUUCCACUAUGUAUUCCUCUUGUGUGGUGAUAUUGAUUCACGGCGACCCUCCACUAAUUUUAAUGCCUGAUAACAUUGGACUUUCUAUCAGAGACUUCACUAAGACAUUCUCACAAACGUGUGUGUUUAUGUGUAUGUACAGUUUGUGCGUGUGUGCACGCUCUAUCUCUCAUACAGUUCAAGACACCAAACUGCAUGCCGAUUCACUGAUAGAGGGUAAUAUUACUAACUGUGUAUGAGUGAGCAUGGUGAGAAUGUGGCUUUUAGUAAGCACGGAAACAGCAUCUGUAUGGUGGUUGCAGUAGGACAUUGAUCAGAAGAAUAUUGCAAAAUACUAUCUGUGGUUGUAUUUUUGAAACAGUUGUGCAAAAACGUUUAUGAAAUUAAUCUAUACUGUUAAACAACUGUAAAUGACUAUUCCACCAAUAAAACAGCACAUGCGGUGUCACUGCCUCCCA